UUGAAACAUACUUCCUCAUAUCUCCGUUACUACUACUUUUAGAUAUAAAUCAAAAGAGCUAAAUAGAAAGACUGUUGAUUUUAAGUUAUUAUCUAAGAUGGAGGAAGUAAAGAAGAGGGGCUGUAUGGAGAAGGCAAGGCCAUUCAUUUCAGUUGUAUUGUUGCAAGUAGGGCUAGCAGGAAUGGACAUUCUCUCAAAAGCCGUCCUGAACAAAGGCAUGAGCAACUAUGUCCUUGUUGUUUACCGCCACGCCGUUGCUACCCUGGUUAUGGCCCCUUUCGCCUUCUAUUUCGACAAGAAGGUGAGACCAAAGAUGACGUUGAUGAUAUUCUUCAAGAUAACACUUCUUGGUUUACUUGAGCCAGUGAUCGAUCAAAACUUAUACUAUCUUGGGAUGAAGUAUUCAACUGCUACAUUUGCAACCGCUAUGUACAAUGUCUUACCUGCAAUCACUUUCGUCCUUGCCUAUAUAUUCGGGCUAGAAAGAGUGAAACUACGGUGCAUCAGGAGCGCAGGUAAGGUGAUUGGGACAUUGGCUACAGUUGGAGGAGCCAUGAUAAUGACUCUUGUAAAAGGUCCAGUUCUUGAUCUCGUCUGGACCAAAGGAGCCUCUGCACCGAACACAGCUGGGACCGAUAUUCAUAGUGCUAUCAAAGGCGCAGUUUUGGUCACAAUUGGUUGUUUCAGCUAUGCAUGUUUCAUGAUUCUCCAAGCUGUCACGUUGAGAACUUACCCAGCUGAACUCUCACUCACUGCGUGGAUAUGCCUAAUGGGAACUGUUGAAGGAGCUGUCGUGGCAUUAGUGAUGGAGAAAGGAAACCCUGGUGCAUGGGCCAUUGGUUGGGACGCUAAACUUCUUACAGCCACCUAUAGUGGGAUAGUGUGCUCUGGGAUUGGUUAUUAUGUUGGAGGAAUAGUGAUGAAAACCAAAGGUCCUGUGUUUGUAACAGCUUUUAGUCCUCUAGGCAUGAUCAUAGUAGCGAUUAUGUCGACCAUCAUCUUUGCUGAGCAGAUGUACCUGGGAAGGGUUCUUGGUGCAGUUGUUAUAUGUGCAGGGCUCUACCUUGUGAUAUGGGGCAAAAGCAAAGAUUAUAAAUAUCCUUCCACACCGCAAAUAGAUGGUAAAUCAGCACAACCCAAUGUGGAAGUAUGCAUAAACGGGAAGGAUAGUGUAGAAACAGUCUAACUAUACAAUAUGAAACACAAAUGUUUUGUGUUGAGGAGUCGGAGCGUAUACCAAUUUCAUAUGUUGUCCACUAUGUUUCAGAACAACUGUAGGAUAUAAUUUCUAACUACCAUGAAAAGGAGAAUAAUUGUCUGAGGAUGCGAGAGAAAUAUGAUGUAAUAUUUGGCUUUAUGGAAUAUGAAUAUGAUUAUUACACUGUA